CAAAGACGCACAUUUGAAUUCGUAUUUGUUUGAUUGUUGGGAUCGAUUUGAAUCUAAUUGGAGCUGAAGAAGCUGCUCUAGCUUCGAAUUGAAUUCUAGAUCGACGAUCAUAGUGAUGUGGACGAGGUCUUUUGAUUUGAGCUUGACGACUACUAGUGUGAAUUUCUUCUCUGCUCACUGAGGAAUUUUUGUUUAUGUCGAGGAACGGACGAAUGGCGUCGUCGGAUCUUAGCAGAGCCGGUCCAGUGACGAGGGAUAUUGAGCAGGCUAUCACUGCCCUUAAAAAGGGAGCUUAUUUGCUUAAGUAUGGCAGAAGGGGAAAGCCUAAGUUCUGUCCAUUUCGCCUUUCCAAUGAUGAAUCUGUUUUGAUAUGGUUUUCGGGGAAGGAGGAGAAACAUUUGAAGCUAAGUCAUGUUUCCAGGAUCAUAUCUGGGCAGCGCACUCCUAUUUUUCAGAGAUAUCCACGUCCCGAGAAGGAAUAUCAAUCGUUCUCGCUAAUAUAUGAUGAGAGGUCACUGGAUGUGAUAUGCAAAGAUAAAGAUGAAGCUGAAGUGUGGUUUAGUGGUUUAAAAGCCUUGAUAUCUCGUUGUCAUCAACGGAAAUGGAGGACCGAAUCGAGAAGUGAUGGAACGCCAUCCGAAGCUAAUAGUCCGAGAACAUAUACCCGGAGAAGCUCCCCUUUACAUUCUCCAUUUAGUAGCAAUGAAAGUUUCCAGAAGGAGGGCUCAAAUCACCUUCGUCUUCACAGUCCAUAUGAGAGCCCGCCUAAGAAUGGCAUUGACAAGGCAUUUUCAGACAUGUCGUUGUAUGCAGUUCCUCCAAAAGGUUUUUUUCCCCCAGAUUCGGCAACUAUGUCCGUUCACUCUUUGUCAUCUGGAGGUUCAGAUACACUACAUAGUCACAUGAAAGGAAUGGGUAUGGAUGCUUUUAGAGUUAGUCUGUCAAGUGCGAUUAGUUCGUCGAGCCAUGGUUCUGGUCAUGAUGAUGGAGACACAUUGGGAGACGUUUUCAUGUGGGGAGAAGGAAUAGGCGAAGGUGUUUUGGGUGGUGGAAAUCAUAGAGUUGGAAGUUCGUUGGAGAUCAAAAUGGAUUCCUUAUUGCCAAAAGCUUUAGAGUCUACUAUAGUACUUGAUGUCCAGAAUAUUGCUUGUGGUGGACAACAUGCUGUCCUUGUGACAAAACAAGGAGAAAGUUUUUCUUGGGGAGAGGAAUCUGAAGGUAGGCUUGGCCAUGGUGUAGAUUCCAAUGUUCAACAUCCAAAGCUCAUUGAUGCCCUCAGUACCACAAAUAUUGAGCUUGUAGCAUGUGGUGAAUACCAUAGUUGUGCAGUUACUCUAUCAGGGGAUUUGUAUACCUGGGGUAAAGGAGAUUUUGGUAUUCUGGGACAUGGAAAUGAAGUCAGUCACUGGGUCCCCAAAAGAGUAAAUUUUCUGAUGGAAGGGAUACAUGUAUCAUCCAUCGCUUGUGGACCUUACCACACAGCUGUUGUGACUUCCGCUGGGCAGUUGUUUACAUUUGGUGAUGGGACCUUUGGUGUUUUGGGUCAUGGAGACAGGAAAAGUGUUUUCAUACCUAGAGAGGUAGACUCCUUGAAAGGUCUUCGCACUGUUCGGGCAGCCUGUGGUGUAUGGCACACAGCCGCAGUUGUAGAAGUCAUGGUUGGGAGCUCGAGCUCUAGUAACUGCUCUUCAGGAAAGCUCUUUACAUGGGGUGAUGGUGACAAGAGUCGUCUUGGUCACGGUGACAAAGAACCAAAACUUGUGCCUACCUGUGUUGCAGCUCUUGUAGAACCCAAUUUUUGUCAAGUUGCGUGCGGACAUAGCCUAACUGUUGCACUUACAACAUCGGGCCAUGUCUAUACUAUGGGUAGUCCUGUUUAUGGUCAGCUUGGAAACCCACAUGCAGAUGGAAAGGUUCCAACCCGUGUUGAAGGUAAACUUCACAAGAGUUUUGUCGAAGAGAUUGCUUGCGGUGCUUAUCAUGUUGCAGUUUUAACUUCAAGGACUGAGGUUUACACUUGGGGGAAAGGUUCAAAUGGUAGACUAGGCCAUGGGGAUGCAGAUGAUCGAAAUUCCCCGACAUUGGUUGAGUCUCUGAAGGAUAAACAGGUGAAAAGUAUUGCCUGUGGUUCUAACUUCACCGCAGCUGUCUGCCUUCACAAGUGGGCAUCAGGGAUGGACCAGUCCAUGUGUUCAGGUUGCCGUCAGCCUUUCAAUUUCAAGAGAAAGCGGCACAAUUGUUAUAACUGUGGACUUGUGUUUUGCCAUUCUUGCACUAAUAAAAAGUCCCUGAAGGCUUGUAUGGCACCGAACCCGAACAAACCAUAUAGAGUGUGUGAUAGGUGUUUCAAUAAAUUGAAAAAGGCCAUGGAAACGGAUCCAUCAUCUCAUUCUUCUUUGAGUCGAAGAGAAAGUGUCAACCAAGGAUCAGAUGCAAUUGACAGAGAUGAGAAGUUGGAUACUAGAUCCGACGGACAGCUAGCUAGAUUCUCAUUGUUGGAGCCCAUGAGGCAAGUGGACAUUCGAUCCAAGAAAAAUAAGAAAUAUGAAUUCAAUAGUAGUCGUGUCUCACCAAUACCAAGUGGAGGCUCUCAUCGGGGUUCACUAAACAUAACCAAGUCUUUUAAUCCAACUUUCGGAUCAUCGAAGAAGUUCUUCUCAGCGUCAGUUCCUGGUUCCCGAAUUGCGUCUCGGGCAACUUCACCAAUAUCAAGACGUCCUAGCCCACCUCGCUCAACAACGCCAACUCCCACUCUUUUAGGACUAACUACACCAAAAAUUGUAGUGGAUGAUACCAAGAGAACCAAUGAUAACCUAAGCCAGGAGGUGGUUAUGCUAAGAUCUCAAGUUGAAAAUCUUACACGGAAGGCACAGCUUCAAGAAGUUGAACUGGAAAGAACAACCAAACAGCUAAAGGAGGCACUAGCAAUUGCAAGCGAAGAAUCAGCGAGAUGCAAGGCAGCUAAAGAUGUGAUUAAAUCACUUACCGCUCAAUUGAAAGACAUGGCUGAAAGACUACCUGUUGGAUCAGCUCGGACUAUUAAGUCACCUUCUCUUAAUUCAUUUGGUUCCAGUCCUGAUUACGCUGCCCCUUCGUCUAACACCUUAAACCGUCCAAACAGUCGAGAAACUGUUUCUGAUAGCUUAACCACCGUCCCAAUAUUUUCUAACGGGACCAGCACACCUGUUUUCGAUAGUGGAAGUUACCGACAGCAAGCUAAUCAUGCUGCUGAUGCGAUAAAUAGAAUCAGCACACGAUCAAAAGAAAGUGAACCCCGUAAUGAAAAUGAAUGGGUUGAACAAGAUGAACCUGGUGUGUACAUCACUCUCACAGCCUUAGCGGGAGGUGCAAGGGAUCUCAAACGUGUCCGUUUCAGUCGGAAGCGGUUUAGCGAGAAACAAGCAGAAGAAUGGUGGGCAGAGAACAGAGGAAGAGUGUACGAACAAUACAAUGACGAUGACCUACUGCCUCUACUUACCGUGAAAGAGACGUUAAUGUAUAGCGCCAAAUUCAGUUUGAGAGAUUCAACGGCUAAGGAAAGAGAAGAGAGAGUGGAGAGCUUAUUGAGUGAUCUCGGUCUUGUUCUAGUCCAAGACAGCUUCGUUGGAGAAGGAGACGAUGAAGAUCGUGGUGUUUCGGGCGGAGAAGGAAGAGAGUUCUGCAAGAUCAUCUACAGAACAAAGCAGUUAUUCCUGGCGCGAACAAUGCAAGCGGUUGUAGCCGGAUUAGGUCUAGGCAGCGUCUACACAAGACUCAAGCGUGACGAAGAAGGUGUAGCAGAGCGGCUAGGGCUCUUUGCCUUCAGCUUAAGCUUCCUCCUCUCUUCCACAGUGGAAGCACUUCCCAUAUACCUCCGAGAACGUCGCGUUCUGAUGAAAGAAUCAUCUCGUGGAUCCUACCGAAUCUCAUCCUACAUGAUCGCCAACACCAUCGCAUUUGUACCGUUCCUCUUCGUUGUAUCUCUCCUCUUCUCCAUCCCAGUCUACUGGAUCGUAGGCCUAAACCCAUCGAUUCAAGCCUUCUCCUUCUUUGUCCUCUGCGUCUGGCUCAUCAUUCUCAUGGCCAGUUCUCUGGUGCUCUUUCUCAGCGCAGUUUCUCCUGACUUCAUCUCCGGUAACUCCCUCAUCUGCACCGUUCUUGGAGCCUUCUUCCUCUUCUCCGGCUACUUUAUCCCCAAAGAGAAGAUCCCAAAACCAUGGAUGUUCAUGUACUAUGUGUCACUGUACCGUUACCCGCUGGAGUCUAUGGUGGUGAAUGAGUACUGGAGCAUGCGAGAGGAAUGCUUCUCCAGCGGGAACAUGGGCUGCUUGAUGACCGGAGAGGAUGUGUUGAAGGAGAGAGGGCUUGACAAGGAUACGAGAUGGAUCAAUGUCGGGAUCAUGCUUGCCUUCUUCGUUUUUUAUCGAAUCCUCUGCUGGGGGAUUCUACUCAGAAAGGCUUCCAAGUCAACCCAUUAAAGAUUUCUUUGUAUAGAGAGAAACAAAAUGCAUUUACUUACUGUAUAUCCUGUCACCAUAUACAGGUUUGAGGUUUCAGUCUUAUGUUCAUACAUCAAUAUAACCUAAGGAGUAAU